AUGAGGAGGGAUUUAAUUAUAGUUUUGGCAGCUAGCUUUCAGCUGGUUUACUCCUCCUCUAUACUUGUUGAUUGGUCAACAAACAUCGUACCGGAUUCGCUUGCCUAUGUACUCGAUUACGCACCGGCCGUUGGUAGCCCACCAGCGGGAUCCACACUUGGAAGCUUUGCUACACAUGUUCAAAUCAAAGACACUAUACCAGCUUGUGAAUAUACGAUAUAUUUAUCCGCAAUAAUGCCAGACGGGACAAGGAAAGCAGUUAUGGAAAGAACCCUUUAUAGUAGUCCUGAUCCACCAAUUCUGGAUUCAAUAGAAACUAAGGAGCAUGAGGCGAUUAUUUCAUAUUUUCCACCAAAGGAGGCUAACAUAACUUUUCAUAUCGAAUAUUAUCCGGAAGACCAACCAGAAUACGGGAACAUAAUUGAAACGAAAGCAUCGUUGGUGAAAUUGCGAGGUUUGGAUUCCGGAACGUUUUUUCGGAUAAAGAUCAGAACCAUCUACAAUGGAAUUCCAUCUUUGGAAAUGAUCGAAACUAGUUUUCGAACGGAAGGAACACCUGAAUACGAUUAUUCCUACUCUGGCGAGGUGUUUACCGUUCGAACCUUGCCGCCUGGAUUCGAUCUAGCCACAACGACCGUAUCCACCGAUUACGACUAUUCUUCGGAAGCGGUCGACACAAAGAAUGAAACCGAACCGCUGACUACAUCUCCAACGACGGUUACCAGUACAGUGGAGAACAGUACACGAGUGCAAGCCACGCCCACAAGUACAGUUGUCCAAAUGAAAGCGAUGAAGAGCACCGCGGAGAGCAUUAAAACCACAACAACCAUCCCAACUACAACCACAACCACAACUACAGUAACCACGCCCACGGCAACUGUCACGACAACGACAACGUACAGAUUUGUUUUGGCUACUUCGUCGACAAAAACGCCCGAAGUUGAAAACAUCGAUGAAAACGAGAUACUAUCAAUGCGUACCGCCGUCAAAAAACCCAAAGAACAAGUUAUUGACACAGGCGACAACGGAAGUGAGGAAAAUCAGCCAUUACCCGUUGAACAGAUGACUGCGGAGUUCGGUGAUCCAGAUUCGAUCACCAUGAGUCCAGAGGAAAAUAUGAUACGACUGGAUUGGUCGGUGCCAGACGGUUCACUGUGUGAUGCGUUCCUAGUCAACUACACGAUUCUCUCAUUAACUCGUCCGAAAUCCUACUCGGUCGCUACUGUGGACGAGUUCACAGUGAUAAAAUUUUUCGCCAACCAUACUCUUGACAUUCGAGUUUUCUGCAUGUUAGGUGGUUCUCUAUCAAAAACCUGGUGGGCCCAUAGGACUGGCUACAUGACAAGUCCCCAACCAGUGCAAAGUGUCCGAGUGCUUUCGUCUGAAACGGACGAGUUUUACGUAUCACGGAUAUUAGUGGAUUGGUUCUGGCCUGUUUAUCAUAAUUUCGAUCUUUAUAAGGUCGUCGUCGAGUACGGUAUCGGCAAGGCACAGCUAAAGGAGGUGGAUGUAAAUGAAGCGGGUCCAGUACUAUUGGAUAAACUCGAACCCGCUCAAACGUACCGUAUUGCCGUAAGAAACGAAUCAAUCGAAUUGGGACUCAAAUCAAAACCAUCAGAGAUCGAAAGAAUCACUCCACCUCUCAUUUCUUCUACACUAUAUCCUGGAAAAAUCACUUCAACGGCAAUCAAUAUCAAUUUUGGCGAAUCAGAUCUGGAACAAGGUCGAUUUGAUCACUACGAGCUGAUAUUCACUGGGAACAAUAAGAAUAUCACAAAGCGGAUCGAUAUUAAUCAGGAAAAAUCGUUGACAUUCACCAAACUGAUCCCUGGAAAAACAUACGAAUUCUCUCUUUAUACUGUAUUCAAAGGAAAACGAAGUCGUGCUGUGAAAGAAUCUAUCACAACUUACCCAUUAAAAGUGAACGAGUUAUUUCCCGUAGUGGGACGUGAAUAUGUGAUACUGUACUGGGACGUGGAGAAUUUCGCGGAUAGUGAUUGUCGGUUUCGCUUAAGCUACAAUGCCGACCACGUGCCUACAGUAUCCGUGGAAUUAAAGGACGCAAGUCGCCACCGCUUUGUCGGUCUUGAAGCGGAUGUUUACUACACUUUCACGAUCACGGUGAUUAUGGGAACGGGAAAGGCGGCAGCGGAAAGUGAAAGUGAGAUGAUCACUGUGUAUGUGCCAAAAGGACAUUUGACACCGUCCGUAACUCGACUCGGCAGUCGUGAGCUCUCCGUAACAUUCGAAAAUGACCAUCAGGUGUUUUCGCCGUUGAAUGGUGCAAUCAGCAAUAUCGCUGUGAUAGUAUCGGAUGAUACCGAGCUGAACGACGACAAUUACGAGCUGAAGUCGUGGUUUGAAGUGAGCGAUGAGGACACAUGGGGAUCAUAUAGGGCAUCCACAUCCGAUUGGAAUCCGUUCGUGAAAAAUUCCCGAAACGCUACAUUCACUAUUGGUAGUGAUGACUGUAAACGUCGUAGUCUUGAUGAACCGUACUGUAAUGGUAUUCUUCGAGCAAAUAUUGACUAUAAAGUAAAACUUCGUGCCUACAUGGAUAAUAAGGUAGCAAUGGAAAGCGAUUGGUUCUCUAUUGACGGUUCAGCCGGAGGGGACGGUUCGGCGGAAGAUGAGGACAAGAAUGAACGACGGCUGCCUUGUCAUAUGUAUUUGAAUGGAUGUCCAAGGAAGUCCAGUACUGAAUUGGAUUCAAUGGCUGCAUACUUCUACACCACAACAUUAUUCUUACUACUUUUGUAA